AUGCGGCGCUGGCGGGGCGCGGGGCUGGCGGCGCUGGCCGCGGUGCUGCUCGUGGCUGCAGGAAGAGCCCGGGUGCAGCAGGAACCGUUGGUAAAGACCACGGAAGGCACCGAAAUCACCAUCAACUGCUCACACCCAAAAAUAGAGAGGAACGAAAUGAUCUACUGGUAUCGUCAGCUCCCGGGCAGCGGCCCCGAAUUCCUCGUGAGCUUUCACAAAGGCUCCAAAGAGCUGCCGGACAAGGCGGGUCAGGUGUCGGUGUCGCCAGACCGUCGCUGGAGCACCCUCUGUCUCUCCGGGCCCCGUGUUGGGGACGCGGCGGUGUAUUACUGCGCCGUGGGAGACACGGCCAGAGGAGCCGGGGCUGCGGCCGGGCACGAACCGCCGCGGGCGGGGCCGGGCGGGGCCGGGGGCACAGCGCCGGCCGGGGCCAGCAGGGGCCGCUCCUGCACCUCCAAGAUUUCUUUCUCAAACCAUGUCCCGCCUUCCUGGGCCCCCUUGUUUCAAAGGGCUGCUUUCCAAGGGGCUUUCCGAAUCGGUGUCCUCAACAGGCCCAAGUCCAACCUCCAGAAGUCGAGGCAGGUCUGGGUGCUGUAUAAACUACUCCACGAUCAAAAGGGGCUUCAGACUCACCUGGUUCCCAAGCAGAAGGAGCUAAGAGAAGUGGAUGAGACAGCAGGGGCUGGGGCUGCCUUUUCUACCUGCCCUUCACUACCGCAGUACCAGGGGCAGCCUUUGCAGAGGUAACAGUUUCUUCUCAAGCUCCUCUUGAAUGCAAACCAUCACAGCUGAUGGUACAGACUGUGCUUUGGUUUCCAAACUGCUGCCAUGCUCAUGCCCCAGUGAAGACUUCUUGUGAUUUUUGGGAUGAAAUGUUCCAGGAUUUCCAGGGCAAUGGAGUCGUAAAUGUCAGGAGCACACUCAGCUCCAGGGCUGGAUGGAUCUGGAGCAGGCAAGUGAUGUGUCAGUCUGGAUCACACUGGUGGGCCUGUUUGAAGUGCUGUUUUCAAGAAGAAGCUGCAGCAAUUCUCUGUGGCUACCUAAGGACUCCUGGGCAUGAGGAUGGGCCAUGUCAUUCCCUUUCCCUCCCUCCUCAGCUCAUCCCAAUGGUCACUGGUUGUUGCCUCUCUACGUGUGUGCUUUGGGUGGCUGCUUUGACCCCGUCCUGCCUAACACUGCCCUCAGGAAAGUAUUCGGGGCUCUUCUGACUUCUGCCACACUGGUCAGUCUCUGAGCACACAAACAGUGCUAUGGGCUUGCCUGGAGCCUUGUCCUUCCCUGCCCUGCAGUGUUGUCCCCAGGUGUCCUCAGCAGAGUCCAUGGUUGGUUGUUUUCCUACGUGGGUUCCUGGUUUGUGUGCACUUGUGUGCAGCUGGGUUCCACAUGAAAUCCUGUGGGAGCACAAAUUUGUGCAUGAGUGUCAGGGUUAACAGAGAACCUGUCAGCAGCCUGGCAAUUAGUGACGAGGAAUUUAAACAACUUUUAGGAAAUAUUUACUGUAAUGGCAGACAGAACAAACAUAAUGCAGCCCAGACCAAAGGUCACCAAUCAAAAUGUGUAUAGUGUCACCAAAAGGAUGUCACAGCAUGGACAGUCUCUUCAGUGUCACCAAUAAGAGUGUGUGCAGUGUCUUCUGUAUCACCAAUUAAAGUAUAUACAGCGUUUUAUGCUUGAGACUUUUGACCAAUUGUGUUGUGGCACGAUAGUGUACAAAGAGUACAAAAGAAACACUUGAGAGCAAUAAACAGCUUCCUGAUCACCUUA